AAAGUAAAAAUUAUAGGUACUAAACCGUAAUUUGCCAAUGAUCCAUGGAUCCAAUCCAUGAAUCCACCAAUCCAAUUGGAUUUGGAUAAAAUGGAUUGGAUUUAAAUGGAUUGGAUUAGGUGGAUUUUUUUAAUGGAUUGAUAGAUUGGAUUGGUGGAUUGGAUUGAAAUUGCCACCUCUAACUGCCAUAGCUUCCCUAGUUCUGUCUGCAUGACCAAAUCGCAUUGGAAAUAGUGCAAUUAUUGAGCUCUCCGUCCCUUUUUCUUCCGAGCCAAAGAGCACCACAACCACACGUCUCGUACUGGCGUCGAUAAUAGUUGUACUGUUCUCAAGUUCCUUUCGAAGCCAUUCAUCCUGAUAUCCUCUAUCCCUCCACAAAUUAUGCCUCAAGAUAUAAAGGACAUUUAAACCUUCCACAACCCACUUCUGAUUCUUGGCAUCGAAUCCAUCAGUUUGCAGUUGCAACUUCCACUCUUUUCCCAGCUUCCAUUCGAACCACUGGGUAAGGAUCCCUCUCCCCAAAGCGACCAUUACUUCUUGCAUCCCUUGCUGUAACCUUAGCUUUUGCUCCUCAAUUGCAUCGGCUCUCUCCAGGGUCCAUCUAUGAACAACACGGUUGACGUUCGAGGCGACAACCAGAGUCUUGGCAUACGAGGUACUACGGACUGUUGGCGGCCAUGGUGGCAUGACGAACAUCCACUUGGGCCCAACAUCAGCCUUGAUCGGAAACUGGUUCGGCAACGAGCCUAGGGCUCUUAUCUGUCCAUACCAGCCCGCCAUCGCCGACGACUCCUUCUUCCCCAGCUCUGGCGAGGCAGCCCAGUCUUCCGCCGUCUCGACCCUCGUCGUCAUCAUCCCCGCCGACCAGCAAUCCGCCCGGCGGUUCGUCCUCCGCCAAUACGAAGGCUGGCCAGCUUCUUCCAUCUUCUCCCCCGCAAGCGCGCCGAACGGGGCCGUCCUCUCUUGCACGGCUGAUGUCGCUGAACGUCCUUUCGGCCGUGGCGUCUCCAUCGUCAGCAGUGCACCCGACGUUGCCACCUCGUCCUCCGGCGUCCCAAGCUCCAGCGAUGUUUCCUCCUUCGAUAACAACUUCGUCGACUUCCGUUCCGUCGGCAGGCCAUCCGACGAACAGCAACAGCGCGAUUCCGAAAACGCGUCGGUCGACGGUGCGACGAUCGAGGUACUGGGGAACGCGGUGGUCUCCGAUUCUUCUUCUCCAGUCCCAAGCGUCUUCUUCCGAAACUUCCACCCGUCAAUCGGUGGAUUUGUUGGGGAUGCUCUUUGGGAGACGCACUUAGCGAGUUCUCCGUUCGCUGUGGAGGAGUGCUCUCCCACAACUCCGACAGUGGCAGUGGUGAUUUGUGUCAUCGUCCAGGACGAGGGUGUCGUGACCUUAAUGGCAGAUGUUGUUAUCGACGUGUGGAUCUGAACAACAGCUGCAUGCUUGCACGACGAUGACUCGACUGUCAAGAAGUCAACAACAACUGCGGCGACCUCUGUUGGUGGACGUGGUAUUGUGAUAAUUUCAGCCACAUGUAGUGGCAGCAGAACCUACGCAGGUGAUGAUGUUUCACCCUCCUGUACCGGUGACUGCAUCGGAUCAGCAUCGUCCUCGACCCCGUUGCUCUCCACCGAAACUUCUCCAUGAUAGAACCUGGUUUUAGGAUUCAAUCGAUCGAAUGGUGAAAUUGGGAUUUAGGGAUUAAAGAACAAAAUUAGGGAUUGAGAUUGGAAUUAGGAGAGGAAGAACACAAUAAAAAAUCGGCCGAAGCCUUGGACUAGGGAAGAAGAGAAACUAGGAAGAACUUAGGGUUUGGGAAGAUGAUUAUUUUACUGAUUUCUGCUUAAUCGUCAAUGAAUGCCCGAGUACAUAUUUAUAGGAAAAAUACUGGAAAACCCUAACAAAUAACCUAAUACUACCCAAAUACUACUAAUCCUAAUAAUAAUUAUCCUACCAUAAUUAAUAAUAGAAAUUCCAAAGAAUUAGGUUUCUAUCACUCUACCUCCAGCGCUGUUGGGUCUGGUAUUUAGGUUUUUGAAUAGCUUUGUUUGAGUCUGGUUAUUGAGUCAUUAUGCGAGUCAGGUUACUAUAGUCAAGUAAGGAAGUCUGUUAGUAGUGGGCUGGAAACUAGGGAGGUUGAAAGCUGUUUGUCGUGGCCUACAUCAGCGGCCAAAGUUAUGUAUUUAUAUGUUGUUCAUUCCAUCAAUAAAGUGUUAGUUAGUUUUGCUCUCAAUUGUGUUAACAAAGUGGUAUCAGAGCCUUAUAAGGUUAAAACCAAAGUGAUCCUGAGUUCCGACGGUGGUGGCCACCAUGGUCACCGCCGACCUAUUGUCUGUAAGGAGAAAAUAGUUAUGAGAGAUUAUGAAAUCAGGGUUUCGUCCAACUAAAGAAUCGGUAGGUGGAGGUGUUCUCAAGCCACACGACAUAGGGAGGAGAAGAUUGCCCGCGUUACGAGAGUCAUUGAGUGGAGACACCAAUUGGGAAGCAACAACGGCGUGGUGGAAGCAGUGGUCGCGGCGAGUUUGUUUGUUCGAAGUGGAGACAUUGGCAGAGGUGUUCAACAGGGGGAAAGUUAAUCUGCUAACUUGAAGAUUCGUUAGCAGAUACUAACUGAUAUCCAAAUUACAUGAACUAAUAUCCAAGUACUAAAGUAUCUAGAGAGUA